AUGGCAAUCCAGGCGAUGUCCAACUACACUCCGCUGGAGGUUCCUCUUCCUCCGGCCCCUUCAGCUCAGUUCUUCUCCGAGUUGCAGUGGAAGACGCUUUAUGCUCUAGCCGAUGCCAUCAUUCCCUCCAUUCGCGCCCCUGACUCAGCCAAGCGCACCGACAAAGUGAUCUCGGCUGGCGAGUGGGAUGCGGCAGUGACGAAACUGUCCGCGACAAUCCCCAGCCCUGAGGCCACCAAGAUUGCUACCGAAUACUUGGAGGAGGAUGCCUCAUCCAACCCAGCGUUUCGGGCGUGCGUGGAACGGGUUCUAGGCGAUUAUGUGCACGCAGAGGGUAAGAAUGGGUUCAGCAUGAUCCUGACUGCACUCAAGUAUGAUCAGCCAGUGGCUUACCGAGAGAAGGUCUUUCGGGGAUGGGACAGCUCUCGACUGCCCCCUCUUCGCGCAGUCUACCGAGGCCUUACCGCCAUUGUCAAGAAGUCGUGGGUCAUCUCCAGCCCGACGAUCGACCAAGUUCUUGGAUUCCCACGCGUUCCAGUGCAUGGAAAACCUGCUGAUGGGUUCCCCUAUGAGUUUCUGCAUUUCCCACCGGGUGACCAGCCUGAGACCAUCGAGACCGAUGUGGUUGUGGUUGGUAGCGGUUGUGGUGGUGCGGUGGCCGCAAAAAACCUCGCCGAAGCGGGUCUUCGGGUGUUGGUGGUCGAGAAAUCCUACUGGUAUUCACCAAAGGCGUUUCCCAUGACGCCGCACGAAGGUUAUGUCAACAUGUUCGAAAACUCUGGCGCUAUCAUUAGCGACGACGGCUCAGUGGCCGUUCUGGCGGGUUCAACGUGGGGUGGUGGUGGCACCGUGAACUGGUCGGCGGCUUUGCAGACUCAGGGGUAUGUCCGUCAGGAGUGGGCAGAUACCGGGCUGCCGUUCUUCACAUCUCUCGAGUUCCAAAAAAGUCUCGACCGUGUCUGCGAUCGUAUGGGUGUCAAUACCGAGCAUGUCCAUCACAAUCGCGGGAACAGUGUGAUCCUAGAGGGCGCCCGCAAGUUGGGGUAUGCCGCUAAGACGGUACCGCAGAACACGGGCCAUGGCGAGCACUACUGCGGAUACUGUACUAUGGGCUGUGCCUCGACAGGGAAGAAAGGCCCAACCGAGUCGUUCUUGGUGGAUGCCGCGAAGGCCGGGGCCGUGUUUAUCGAAGGGUUCCGGGCAGAUAAGGUGACGUUCGCCAAGACGAACGGCAAGCGGACCGCGGCUGGAGUAGAAGGGACUUGGACAUCGCGGGAUUCGUAUCUUGGGCACAGUGGCUCGGAUGCCGUGCAGCGCAAGGUGUUUAUCAAGGCCAAGAAAGUGGUCGUCUCAUCCGGGACCCUGCAAAGCCCUUUGCUGCUGCUGCGCAGUGGGCUCAAGAACUCGCAAAUUGGCCGGAAUCUCCAUCUUCAUCCAGGCGGUGCAGUCUUCGACGAGGAGGUCCGCCCGUGGGAAGGCGGAGCCUUGACAACGGUGGUCAACGAAUUUGAGGACCUUGACGGCCACGGACAUGGAGUGAAGAUCGAGGCUGUUUCGAUGAUGCCCUCCGUGUAUAUCCCUGUUUUCCCCUGGCGGGACGGGUUGAAUUACAAGCUGUGGGCUGCCGGCAUGAGAAAUAGCACCAGCUUCAUCACCCUAACCAAAGAUCGGGACGGUGGUCGCGUCUACCCUGACCCGACCGAUGGGCGUUGCCGUAUCGACUACACCGUCUCCAACUUUGACCGACGACACAUCGUGGAGGGACUGAUUGCCUCGGCCAAGAUUGCAUAUAUCUCAGGCGCUAAAGAAUUCCAUACGACCUACCGUGACAUUCCCCCGUUCAUCCGCCCGGAUGCCUCCAACUUCGACGCCCCCGAAGGUACCAAUGCUGCGGCCCUGCAGAAUUGGAUCGCUGAGCUCCGGCGAAAGUCACCCUUGAACCCGGAGCGAGGCCUCUUCGCCAGCGCUCACCAGAUGGGCACAUGUCGCAUGGGCAAAUCCCCCAAGUCGAGCGUGGUGGACGCCGAUUGUCAGGUCUGGGGCACCGACGGCUUGUAUGUGGUGGAUGCGUCUGUGUUCCCAAGCGCCAGUGGCGUGAAUCCUAUGGUGACAAACAUGGCGAUCGCGGACUGGGCCAGUCGCAAUAUCUCGCGGGCGAUGGGUAAGACGCGGGGCGAGAGUAGCGUGAUGGCUCGUCUGUGA